UGAUCCGUUGCUUCCUCCUUCUUGGCCAGACAUGGUCACUCGUCGAGUGCUCAAAACAAGCACGCACGAGGUUGGCACACACUCUAUGACUGCAUUACUUGUGGGUUGAUGUAACCUGCUACUUCCUCGUGGCCUUUGUGGCUGCUAUUUCUACUGGGCUCGUACUACUCGUACCAACCAAACCGGAAGGCGGAUUCCGAGCUAAUGCACCCUUCUCCGAAAGAGCUCGCACAACAAAACCACCUUGAUUUACGCUUCUUCUCCAGCCCUUGCUGACAUUUCCAUCUCCACUUCCAUCGCUACUGUCUUGGUCUGCUAUCGGCCUGUAUGCCGCGCUAGAGGGACCCCUUACGGAAGAAAUCAUGGAGGAAAAAUCCAUAUAAACUGACAAGUCGCCCACUGCACCUGUGUUGCUCUCUAUAUAUAUAUACAACUGCCAGAACCAACAAGAUGCCGGGGCUUACAGGCUUCUCUGAUAACCCGUUCAAGACACGCUCAGAUCUGGUCCAUGCUGGCUCCUCCCUUCUCAGACCACUGGCACCCUACAAGUCGGCCGCAGGGGCGCGCAUCAAGCUCGCGGCGGCGACGGGCACCAGCUUCAGCGAGACGGCCGCGCAGCUCGAGGGCUUCGCCCGCCCGCUAUGGGUCGUCGCCAGCCUGCUAAACGGCCGCCUCCUCUCCGGCGCCGAGCCCGCCGGCGUCGGCCUCGAUACGUGGCUCUCGGGCCUGGACGCCGGCACCGACCCCUCGUCGCCCGAGUACUGGGGCCAUCUUCGCUCGUCAGACCAGCGGAUGGUCGAGAUGGAAUCCAUCGCAUACGCGCUGCUUGUCUCGUCUCAGACCCUGGCGCCUCCUCCCGGAUCCCGCCGCGACCGACUCGUGGCGUGGCUACGUCAGAUCAACGACCAUGAAAUGGGCCGCAACAACUGGCGCUGGUUCCGCGUAUUUGUAAACCUGGCGCUUGUCAACGUGCUCGGCGUGCCGCGCGACGAGGUAGAGCAGGUGGUGGACGCCGAUCUGGCCCUGCUCGACUCGUUCUAUAUCUCCGACGGCUGGUCUAGCGAUGGGCCGUGGUGCGACCAGCGGAAGCAGGUCGACUACUACUCCGGCAGCUUUGCCAUCCAGCUCUCGCAACUGCUCUACGUCCGCUACGCCGGCGCCAUGGCCGACCCGGAGAGGGUGGCGAGCUACAGGGACGGGGCCCGCGCCUUCGCUGGCGGUUUCUGGAGAUAUUUCGCCCUCGACGGAGCUGCAAUACCCUUCGGGAGGAGCCUGACCUACAGGUUCGCUUUUGCCGCCUUCUGGUCGGCCGUGGCCUUGGUUGAUGUUCAGCUCGCCGCACCUCUCGACAAGCGGGGGACCGUCAAAGGGCUGCUGAUGCGCCAUAUUCGCUGGUGGGCAGCCAAGCCACACAUUUUUAACACGGACGGAACCAUGAAUAUUGGCUUUACUUAUGGGAGCAUGAACAUGUCCGAGGAUUACAGCUCGCCGCAGUCCGUUUACUGGUGUUUGAAGGCUUUUGUCGUGCUGGGGGCCCCAGAAGAUCACCCAUUCUGGAUGAGCGAGGAGCUCCCUCACCCCCUCGACCCGUCUCAAACGGCAACUCCCCCGAUCCUAGACUUCCUCAAGGCCCCGCGGCACAUGAUGUGUAGCACCCCAGAACAUCACUUUCUGUUAUCGUCCGGGCAGUCAACAAAAGUCUAUCACAAGGGGAGAGAGGCCAAGUACUGCAAGUUCGCUUAUUCGUCCUCGUUCGGCUUCAGCGUCCCCGUCGGCACCAUGCUGCACCACGUCGGCGCCGACAGCACCCUCUGCGCUAGCAUUGACGAUGGUAACUCGUGGGUUGCCCGCUUCGAGCCCUCGGACGCGGAGCCGAGGCAGGUUCUGCUGCUCCCGCCCCCGAACGCCACGCCCGCAACCAGUCCCGAGGCCCUGACGGCCAUAUCCAGCACCUGGCGCCCGUGGCGGUUCCUCGACCUCGAGGUCGGCACGACGCUGCUGCCGCCCUCGCAGGACAGGUGGCCCGGCUGGCACGUCCGGGUGCACGAGGUGCGCUGGGGCGGGAGCGCCGCCAUCAGCCCGGAGAGGCUGGGAAAGAUAGACUUUACCGACGGCGGGUUCGCGGCGUCGGCGGAGACGACGCACGGCGCCACCAUCUACGAGAGCCCCUGUGGCUCCGAGUUCCCAACGCCAUCCGGCGACGACGGGGAGUUGCCUGAGGGAUGGUGGGUUGCUGCGACCUGCGCCCUCGUCAUCUCCGAGUCCGGGGCCAGCGGCAUACUGGAUCUGGCGGCGGCUUCGGGGAUGGAGGCGGCGCGGGGCGUGGUCAAGAUGAUCAAGGGGCACUCAAACAGCAACCUGAUGGUCCCGCGGACCCUGAUCCCCUGCGUCCAGCACUCGCUCGACGCUGGGGCGGGCGAAAAAGUCAUGCGGUUCGUCACGGCAGUGUUUGCAGUUCAAAGGGGCGUGGCGACGCCGCAGCAGAUGAUGGAAAUGUGGAACAGACCCCCGAAGAUCACGCUCGACUGGUUAGGCUCAGCCGUGUAGCGGGUUUUCGGGUGUCAAGAUCACUUGCGUGAGGGUAUCUAGAAUCUUGGCUAGCUAUGAAUACGUUUGGAAACGGACCACCAUUCCCUUGAGUUGCCAGGUAGUGUAAUAAUCAGCCCACCGGACCUUGAUUCCCUG